CUCCAAAAACCCUCAAAACCCCUCCCUCUCUCGCACUCUCUAGCAGCUCUCUGCGGCGCCAUGGAAGGCCUUGAGAUGGAAGACGACAUCCCAACCGUCUAUCCCUUCCUGCACGAAUCCCAAGACAUCUGCGCCCAUUUCCUCUCUCCCUCUACAAGUCCUCCCCACGCGAAGACCACCAGCACCUAUGCGCCGUCGUCGGCGCCAUCUCCCAAGAGCUCCAGGAUCACUCCCUCCCCCUCACUCCGACCUCCUACUUUGCGGCCACGAUCUCAUCCCUCGACCGUAUCUCCGAUCAAUCCUCCUCGUCCGAUCCCAUCAUUACGGCCCUCCUCACGCUCCUGUCCUCAAUUCUCCCGUUGAUCUCGACCGCCGUCUUGAGGGUCAGAGGGGAUUCGGUCCUCGACACCGUGCGGAGGUUUUUAGGGUUUGGGCCGGAGGCGGUGCCGGCUGGGACUGCGAAAGCAGGGCUAAAAUGCGUCUCGCACCUGAUGGUCUCUGGGGAGAAGGGCGGGUGGGAGAGCGUAGGCUCCGCAUACAGGUUUCUUCUCGAGUUCGUUACGGAUCCUCGUCCGAAAAAAUAUUAGCUUGUGAGCAUGAAGAGGCCAUAUUUGCGGCCGCAGAGGCACUGAAGGGUCUGAUACACACUUGCAUUGAUGAAAGCCUGAUUAAACAAGGGGUGGAUCAGAUAAAACUGAAUCCAGACGGAGACACAAGGAGGUCUGCACCAACCAUCAUUGAAAAAAUAUGUGCUACUGUUGAGAGUUUCCUUGGCUAUCAGUAUAGUGCAGUCUGGGACAUGGCAUUUCCCAUUCUUUCGGCAAUGUUUGAUAAAUUAGGUACAAUCAUCUCUGUUUCCAACUUCUCCACUCUGUCAUUUCAGAAACCUUAAUUUCCAAUGCACUAGAUCUAAUAAUAGGCAUAACUCUUUUAUUGUUCAAGCCAAAAAAAAAAAAGUGAGUCUGAGCUGUAACUUUUAUUCACCAUCAUUCAUUAAAAAAAACAAAACCUUCCCACCGAGGCCUCAUAACAGAGCAAAUGGAAAUGUGGAAUGCUACUCUUUUAGAUGCAUUAUGAUGAGGAAAUGAUAAUCAACAAAUGGAAAAGAGAAACAUUGAGGAAAUUUUAUCAUGCAACUGUGUACCUCCAAAUAUUCCUGUGUACAUUGCACAAACACGAACAUGCAUACUCAUGGAAAGGUUUUCUUGUGGGCAGUUUUUUUGCAUUUACCUUUUCGUGUUCCUGUGCUUUGUAUGCAUGCAUGUGGGCAUGUGGACUGUGUUUUAUGAUUGAUCAAGAUAAACAUCAUGGUGCACCUCCUGGGCUUUUGGUUUCACAUGUUUAUUGAUAACUUUGCACAUACAAUAAAAGAAAAUGUGGUCCACCUCUCUAUCCACAAUAUAAACUUGUAUAUAAAUACAUAUGGAUGCAUGCGUGCUUGC